AUGAACAAUAAAGGGACAUUCAAGAACCGAGACAUCAACACUUUUUUGACUAACUACCAAUCAUUGGAUAAAUAAACUAAAAAACCCUUUGAAUAUUUGAAUCUGGCCUACUCAAAGCAAUUUGAUUUUUCCCCUAUUAAGAAACAAUCAUACUCAUCCAAAGCCAAUGAUACCCAAACUCAAUACAAGAGUCUCUAAGAAGCUUCAUUUCUAAGACAAAGCACUUUGCCCAAUUACGAACCGACCAGAUGCUCGAGCUUGAAAAAUGGGAUCAUAAAAGCAUAUGCUGCAAAUACAAAUCAGGGAUUGGUGAGAGAUUACAACGAAGACAGAGUCUCUAUCAUAUUAAACAUCAUUAAACCUUAAAGUAGAGAAAAUGAACAAUGGCCUAAAUGCUCGUAUUUUGGAGUUUACGAUGGACAUGGUGGUUCAGCAUGUGCAGAUUUUUUGAGAGACAACCUACAUCAAUUUGUUGUAAAGGAACCAGAAUUCCCAUGGAAUCCUAUAAAUGCUAUUAAAAAAGGAUUCGAAACGGCUGAAAAAUGCUUUUUACAAAUGGCCUAAGAUUCAUUCAAUAAAGGGAUCCCUGAAAGAAGUGGAUCUUGUGCAGUUGUAGUAUUGAUUGUAGGUGAUUCAUGUUAUGUAGCAAAUGUCGGAGAUAGUAGAGCAAUAUUGAGUACAGAAAAUGGAAGAAAAGUAAUUGAUCUAUCAAAAGAUCACAAACCAGAAUUAGAGAAAGAGAGAAUUAUUAAGGGAGGAGGAUAGGUGUAUUAAACUCAUGGAGUAAAUGAAGAUGGAUAACCGGUUUUAGGACCUGUUAGAGUGAAUCCUGGAAGAUUAUCUGUUUCAAGAACUUUUGGAGAUAUAGAAGCUAAAUUUGAGAAAUUUGGUGGAAAUCCAAAGAUAGUUAUAGCUGAACCAGAAAUCAAACAUUUCAAGAUUGUGAAUUAACAUGAUUUUAUCGUUUUAGGAAGUGAUGGUAUAUUUGACACAAUGAGUUCAAAAGACGUGAUAAAUGGGGUUUGGAAGGAUAUUUAAGUGAAUUAAAAUACUAAGGAUUUACCUUAGAUGAUGUCAAAUGCAGUGGAGUCAGUGAUAAAGGAAAGUUUAAUUCGUAAGUCUACUGACAAUGUGACAUUAUUGAUUAUAGCUUUUUCAGUCACUCCAUUGAGAGAGGAGGAGAUCAGAGUUAAGACGAUAUCAUAUAUCGACAAAUUAGUUAAAAUUCCUUAGAGCAGCAAUCCAUCUAACUUAAGAUUGAGUAAGUUCAAUGAUGAGAAUAACCCAUUUUUCAUGAAUGCUCAGAAAUUAAAAUAAAAUCCAAAGUUAACUAAAUUCAAUUUUGAAGAUAAUCUUCGUUAUCGUUUGAUUGGUUGA